AUGUCGUCCUCGGAAGGUGCACCGGAGUCCUGGAUCUCCUCGUUCUGCUCGUUGAUGGGCCAUGAGUUCUUCGCAGAGGUGUCGGAAGACUUUAUCGAGGAUGAUUUCAACUUGACUGGCCUGCAGUCGCAGGUGCCCAUGUACAAAGAGGCCUUGGAGAUGAUUCUCGAUGUGGAGCCCGAGGAUGAUGAUGAAGAGGAAGAAGAGGAGGAGGAUGAGGAGGAUGAAGAUGAUGCGCUGGGCGAUGACAGACCCGGAUACCGGAGAGCAGGCGAUCGGCGACACGCCCGCGUCGCCAGCGAUUUGAGCGUCAUCGAGAGCUCCGCCGAACUGCUCUACGGACUCAUCCACCAGCGAUAUAUCACCUCCCGGCCGGGCAUUCAACAGAUGCUGGAAAAAUAUGAGAUGCAGCAUUUCGGCGUCUGUCCGCGUGUCAACUGCAAUGGUUGCAAGGUACUUCCCGUUGGCCGAUCCGACACUCCUGGCCAAGAAACCGUCAAGCUGUUCUGCCCCGGUUGCAUGGAUAUUUAUACACCCCCCAACAGUCGCUUCCACUCCGUCGACGGAGCAUUCUUCGGCACAACCUUUGGAUGUCUCUUCUUCAUGACCUUCCCAGACUUGGACAUUGGACCCCGUCUGGAUGCAUCACUGUCGAUUAUGUCGCCCCGCAACGCCGCGCCCACGCAGUCUCGGACUGGCUCCGUGACCCGUCCCCAACCCUCCCGCCAGGUUCUCGAAUCCCCCACCCCAGAGAACCAACCCUUAGAGAUUAACGGCGUACGCACAUCCAACCUCUGUCCCGGCCUCGGCAAGGGUAAGAUCUACGACCCGCGCAUCUAUGGAUUCAAGGUCUCGGAAGUGUCGCGCGUCGGCCCCCGCAUGAAAUGGCUGCGCACGAAGCCCAAGAAUGUGAUUGAGCUGGACGAGGCAUGGAACAACGAGCAGGAGCUGCUGCAGCUGCAAGACAAGGAUGAUAAAGAUGGCGAUACCGUGAUGAAACCGGAACAAGUGCAAGAUGCAGCCAUCGCAAACCGCAAGAAGGCCCCUAUGCGACGACGACGAAACCUCAACCAGUCAGCACCCACAGAUCCAAUGGAUGUGCAUGUCCGAUGA